AUGCAGCAAAAUAAAUCUGUAACUGAGUUCAUUCUCUUAGGAUUGACUCAAGAUCCUGUGAAGCAGAAAAUGGUGUUCAUAAUUUUCUUGAUUUUCUACACUGGAACGCUGGUGGGAAACUUUCUUAUCAUUGUGAUCAUCAAGUUUAGUCGGACACUUGGGAGUCCCAUGUACUUUUUCCUAUUUUAUUUGUCUAUGGCUGACACCUGCUUUUCAACUUCCACAGCCCCCAGAUUAAUUGCAGAUGCUCUCUCUGCAAAGAAAGUUAUUUCUUACAAUGAGUGCCUGACACAAGUCUUUGCACUGCAUUUAUUUGGCGCCAUGGAGAUCUUUGUCAUUACCCUCAUGGCUGCUGAUCGCUAUGUGGCCAUCUGUAAGCCCUUGCGGUACCCAACCAUUAUGAGACGACAGGUCUGUACCAUCUUGGUUAUUGUAGCCUGGGUAGGGUCACUCAUACAUUCUACAGCUCAGAUUCUCCUGGCCUUGAAACUGCCGUUCUGUGGACCCAAUUUAAUUGAUCAUUACUGUUGUGAUUUGCAGCCCUUGUUAAAACUUGCCUGCAUGGACACUUAUGCAAUCAAUCUACAGUUAGUGUGCAAUAGUGGGGCCAUUUGCUUAAGCAGUUUCUUGCUUCUGAUGAUCUCAUAUUUUUUUAUCUUGCAUUCACUGAGAAACCACAGUGCAGAAGGGAGGAAAAAAGCCCUUUCCACUUGCACCUCUCACAUCAUUGUUGUCAUCUUA